AGCCACUGGCUCCAAAGAGAACAGGCUCAGUCCUGUGCUCCUGCGGGUUGCAUUUGCAGUCCAGCUCCACACCUUAGUGGGGUCCCCACAGCAAGGGUGACCAUGAACCGUGAGAGUGCCCAGGGCCACGGAGCGGGGGCUCCGAUGCUCCAAGCGGCCAGGGGCCUAAAGGCCAACCUGAGGGAUGCAGCCACCAGACCCUGGAGGAGCCUGGCCAGGAUACCGAAGCCCGAGGUUCAGGACCCGGAGGCAGCAGCUGCAGAACAUGAGGGCUUGCUGGCAAUCGAGAGAAGCUUUCAGAAUGCUGCUAAAAGCAAUAAUUUGGACCUUAUGGAGAAGCUGUUUGAAAAGAAGGUGAACAUUAAUGCUGUGAACAAUAUGAACCGCACGGCCCUGCACUUUGCUGUGGGGAGGAAUAGUUUAUCUGCAGUGGAUUUCUUACUGAGUCACAAAGCCAGGGUGGAUGUUGCUGACAAGCAUGGUUUGACAGUGAUUCACCUGGCAGCCUGGUCUGGAAGCUUCGAGAUCAUGCUCAUGCUAGUUAAAGCUGGAGCAGACCAGAGAGCCAAGAGCCAGGAAGGAAUGAACGCUCUCCACUUUGCAGCUCAGAACAACAACCUGCACAUCGUGGAUUACCUCAUUCACGACUUGCACCUGCAGGACCUGAACCAGCCCAAUGAGAGAGGAAGAAAACCAUUUCUUUUGGCAGCUGAGAGGGGCCACGUUGAAAUGAUUGAAAAGCUUAUCUCCCUUAAUCUCCAUACCUCAGAAAAAGACAAGGACGGGAACACGGCCUUGCACCUGGCUGCAAUGCAUGGUCACAGCCCAGCCGUGCAAGUGCUCUUAACUCAGUGGUCAGAAGUCAAUGAGAGUAAUGAGAAUGGAGAAACCCCAUUCCUGUUGGCUGUUGUAGGAGGUCAUGAAGAAUGCAGUCGCGUGCUCCUGGCGGGAGGAAGUGAUGUCAAUAUUCCAAACAAACUCAAUGUCAGUGCCUUGCAGACAGCGACCCGGAACGGCCACACAGCCCUUGUCAACUUUCUUCUCAGUGAGAAUGCUGAUUCGCAGCAGCAGAAGGAAUCUAAGGAGCCCCCUCUUCACCUAGCUGUUAUCAACAACCGUCCCGCAGUUGUGAGCAGCUUAUUAAGUGCUCGGCAUGAUGUUGAUGUCUUAGAUCAGAGGCAGCAGACCCCUCUGCACGUAGCUGCUGAUCUUGGAAAUGUGGAGCUGGUGGAGACACUGCUGAAGGCUGGCUGCAACCUGAAAAUCACUGACAAGCAAGGAAAGACUGCCUUGGCGGUGGCUGCCAGGAGCCAGCAUAGCCUCGUCGUGGAUAUGCUCAUCAAAGCUGAGAGGUACUACGCCUGGAGAGAGGAGAACCGCGAGAGCAUCCAGGAUUCGGCAGUGAGCUCUACACUGACGUUCAAGCAGGACCACAGCCUGGAGACCAGGCACAUCCGCACGCUGCUCUGGAACCUGGCCUAUCGGCAGCUGAAAAAGAAGGACUGGCUGAGGCUGGCCCGCUUGUGGAGUUUUACAGAGGACCAGAUCAGAGCCAUUGAGGAACAGUGGUCAGGUAACGACAGCUUCCAUGAGCAUGGCUACAGGGCUCUGCUCAUCUGGCUGCAUGGGGCUCUGCUGACACAGCCGGACCCUGCCAAGCAGCUGUAUGAGGAGCUGGUGCGUGGAGGAUUCCCAGAACUAGCUGAAACGAUUCGUCAGUUCAAAAGUAAAACUGACUCAAGCUCCAAGAAAUGUGCAGUCUCCUAAGCUGAAGAACACUCCAAUAGCUUCCCUCUCCUCCUUCAGUGUUGGUUCCUGAUGGCCACAGCCAUCCUGCAAACGACUGAUUUUCCAGUACAGAGACAAUGCCCCUCCAGGGAUGCACAUGGACACGCCAUCUCCCCACUGCUCCAGUCCACACACAGUCUUGCCUUUUUCUUGAGGCAAACUGUGUGUGACUUCCCCACUGUCUCUUGGUGCACACAUGGAACACCCUAGCUGGAAGGGCUCUGUCCCUGAAGUGACACUGGGAUCAGCGUGGUGGCUCAUGGGAAGCAAGGGCUAGGGGAUGCUGCUCUGAUAUUGGCCUCUUGGAUGUGCGCAGGUCAAUAUCACUGAAGUGCUCACAAUUAGCUGCUUCCUUUCUGAUAGACAGGAUGUUUUCUCUGGAGACUGCAGUGUGGAUGAGGGAAACACUUGUGAGUGCCUGACCUCAAGCGAUGGUAUGUAAGCCAUGAGCUCUCAUCGCUGUAGAGAAAGUGUGUUUCAAAAUUCAAUCACUGCUGGCUUUAUA